CUCUUCUGAUUGGACGGCACAGAGUUCCAGAUUUAAUGGGCGGGGCUUGUUUUCAUUGUGGCCCGAGCGCAUCUGUAUGGCGGAUGCUGUGUGCACAUCAAAUAAAACAAAACACUUAAUGCCACGCGUGUUCACAGCUUUACAGUUGUGCAUCUGUCAGCUUGCAAGAUUCUGACCUGUAGCUGUACAGUGAAGCAUGGAGCAGGUGGACCAGCUCAGACCGGAGAGCCCUCAGUUAGAGUCUGAAAGAUCUCAGGGACACGGCAAUGAAGGAAACUCUGGCACCGGCACAAGAAGAAAGAGGAGAAAGCGUGAACCUCGGCCAGAGUCUAUCAUCGUCUACCGCUGUGAUACAGAGAGUGCAGGUGGAGAAGAGCGUGAUGGAGAUAUGGAGGGUGCUGAGAGGUCCACUGAAGAAGGAGAUACAUUUCUGAACAACCCCAGCAGUGAAGGUUGGAAUCUACCUCCAGAUAGCCGCUACGUGACACUGACAGGGACGAUCACACGAGGAAAGAAGAAAGGUCAGAUGGUAGACAUUCACAUGACGCUGACGGAGAAAGAGCUGCAGGAGAUGGCGAGGUCGAAAGAGCGUCUGGAUGCUGAAUGUGAGGACAGAGAGGGAUCGAGACGCCGGUGUGUUUUUGGGAUUUCUCAAGGUCCCCACGUUGUCCUUUGGAGUCUGUCUUGUGCUCCGGUAGUUUUCGUCCUUUCCUUCAUCACCUCUUUCUACUAUGGAACUCUCACUUGGUAUAACAUUUUUCUCGUGUACAAUGAGGAACGGACAUUCUGCCACAAAGUCACCAUUUGCCCCUUCCUCAUCAUCUUCUACCCCGUGCUCAUAGUGGCAGUGUCGCUGUCUCUGGGUCUGUAUUCGGCCGUGGCGCAGGUGUCCUGGGCAUUUGGCGAAUGGUGGCUUUCAGUCAGGGACCUAGAGAAGGGUUUCUGCGGUUGGGCUUGUGGGAAGCUCGGAUUAGAGGACUGUUCACCGUACAGUAUUGUAGAGUUGCUAGAUUCGGACACCAUCUCUGGGACAUUGCAAAGAAAAAAUUUACAAACGUCAUCGGUGUGAAAUUAAGAUGGCAGAGAUCUGCAGUGUAAACCAGUUUAAUUUUGUUUUUAAACCCAGUGAGCAAUUUAGUACACACUCAGCAAUGUUGGGUUUCCAACAGGGAGGAUUGUUUUAAAUGUUACGUGGCAGCCUUUUGCCAUCUUUU